AUGGCGGGGAAAACAUGGCACAAGCAUGAAGCUGUAACAUGUCUGGGUGGAAAUUGUCUGAGUGAGCUAGAUAAUACUGGAGUUGCAUUUUUAUUGAUGGAUGCUAAAGAGUGCAUUACGUCAGCUGAAGAAAUAUUUCUACCUAAAAUUGAGAAGUUUAUUAGCAUUCACAAAAAUAGUUUUUUGGUUCUGUCUGCCCCCCUCCAUGGGCCUGAAGAACGGAAGCUCAUGUUCAGGAUUCAGCAGAGAUUCUUGGGAAGUAACUUACGGAUACUUCCAGUACACAACACAGUAAAUGCAAUUAAUCUUAUGUGCACUGUAGCCAGGACUACCUCCAAACCAAACAUAGACAGCAUCUGUUACAGAAUGAUCACAACUAAAGCAUACAUCAUCGAGCAAAGUCCUGUUUGGAAAACACUUCAAAAAUUAAAGCUGAGUACUGAUUCAAUUAGCCCAAAUUAAAAGUAUGGAUUAUAAGCCAGGUGUGGUGGCAUACUUGGGAAGCCAAGGUAGGAGGACUGCUGUGAGUUUGAGGCUGAGUUCCAGAUAAGCCUGGACUACAGUGAGAUACUACCUUGAAAGCAACAACAGCAGCAGCAAAGUAUAGAUUAGAAAUGUACUUCUGGAAGGGUAUAAGCAUAAGCCUAUUAAAUUAUAAUGUACAAAUAUAUACUUAUGGAUGAUGGGCUGAAGAAAUGGUUCAGUGGAAAAAGCACCUGCCACAUAAGCAUGAGG